AUGUCAGUUAAUGUCACAGGUGAAUUAUUCAGCAAUACUAGUGUAAGACUCGUCGAUGGAAUAUACCCAAGCAAUGGCCGAGUUGAGGUCUUUCAUUCCGGUGUAUGGGGUACAAUCUGUGAUGAUAGAUGGGAUUCUAUAGAUGCCGGAGUUAUCUGUGAGAUGCUCGGAUAUCAAAGACAAAAUGCAACUGCAUUUUCCUUAGCAUACUUUGGUGAGGGGAGUGGACAGAUUUGGUUGGAUGAAGUUAAAUGUAGUGGAACAGAAACGGACAUAUCCCUUUGCCCACAUAGAGAAUGGGGAUCUCAUAAUUGUGGACAUCAUGAAGAUGCAGGGGUAUCUUGUUUAGAUAUCAAUGAAUGUGUGGAUGAGCCUUGUCAAAACAAUGGAACAUGUGUAGACCUUAAAAUCGGCUUCAAAUGCCUCUGUGUACCUGGAUUCAAUGGAACGAACUGCACAACUGACGAAUGUGCGGUUGACCCUUGUCAGAACAAUGGAACCUGUAUUGACCUUAUAAACAACUACGACUGUCAAUGUGUACCUGGAUUCAAUGGAACAAAUUGUACAAACGAUAUUGAUGAAUGCGCUGAAAAUCCAUGCCAGAACAAUGGAAUAUGUGCGGACCUUAUAAAUAAAUAUGAAUGUGACUGUGCUCCUGGAUUUAAUGAUAAGAACUGUAAAAACAAUAUUGAUGAAUGUUCUGAUAGCCCUUGUCAGAACAAUGGAACAUGUGUGGACCUCAUCAAUGGUUAUGAGUGUAACUGUGUUCCUGGAUUUAAUGGAACCAAUUGCGAAAAGGAUAUUGAUGAAUGUGCUGAAAAUCCAUGUCAGAACAAUGGGACAUGCCUUGAUCUGAUCAAUGAUUACCAAUGUAACUGUGUUGCAGGAUUCAAUGACACAAAUUGUGCAAACAAUAUAGAUGAAUGUGCAGAAAAUCCGUGUCAAAACAAUGGAACAUGCGUGGACCUCAUCAAUGAUUACAACUGCAGUUGUGUUGCAGGAUUUAAUGGAACAAACUGUGAGGAAAAUAUUGAUGAAUGUGCCGAUAGUCCUUGUCAGAACAAUGGAACAUGUGCGGACCUCAUCAAUGGUUAUGAGUGUAGCUGUGCUCCUGGAUUUAAUGGAACCAAUUGCGGGGAAGAUAUUGAUGAAUGUGCUGAAAAUCCAUGUCAGAACAAUGGGACAUGCCUUGAUGUCAUCAAUGAUUACCAAUGUAACUGUGCUGCAGGAUUCAAUGACACGAAUUGUACAAACAAUAUAGAUGAAUGUGCAGAAAAUCCGUGUCAAAACAAUGGAACAUGUGCGGACCUCAUCAAUGAUUACAACUGCAGUUGUGUUGCAGGAUUUAAUGGAACAAACUGUGAGAAAAGUUUUAGUGGAACAAACUGUGAGGAGAAUAUUGAUGAAUGUGCCGAUAGUCCUUGUCAGAACAAUGGAACAUGUGUGGACCUCAUCAAUGGUUAUGAAUGUAGCUGUGCUCCUGGAUUUAAUGGAACCAAUUGCGAGGAAGAUAUUGAUGAAUGUGCUGAAAAUCCAUGUCAGAACAAUGGGACAUGCCUUGAUCUCAUCAAUGAUUACCAAUGUAACUGUGCUGCAGGAUUCAAUGACACUAAUUGUACAAACAAUAUAGAUGAAUGUGCAGAAAAUCCUUGUCAAAACAAUGCAACCUGUGAGGACCUCAUCAAUGAUUACAACUGCAGUUGUGAGGCAGGAUUUAAUGGAACAAACUGUGAGGAAGAUAUUAAUGAAUGUGCCGAUAAUCCUUGUCAGAACAAUGGAACAUGUGCGGACCUCAUCAAUGCUUAUGAGUGUAGCUGUGCUCCUGGAUUUAAUGGAACCAAUUGCGAGGAAGAUAAUGAUGAAUGUGCUGAAAAUCCAUGUCAGAACAAUGGGACAUGCGUUGAUCUCAUCAAUGAUUACCAAUGUAACUGUGCUGCAGGAUUCAAUGACACUAAUUGUACAAACAAUAUAGAUGAAUGUGCAGAAAAUCCUUGUCAAAACAAUGCAACAUGUGAGGACCUCAUCAAUGAUUACAACUGCAGUUGUGAGGCAGGAUUUAAUGGUACAAACUGUGAGGAGAAUAUUGAUGAAUGUGCCAAUAGCCCUUGUCAGAACAAUGGAACAUGUGCGGACCUCAUCAAUGGUUAUGAGUGUAGCUGUGCUCCUGGAUUUAAUGGAACCAAUUGCGAGGAAGAUAUUGAUGAAUGUGCUGAAAAUCCAUGUCAGAACAAUGGAACAUGCCUUGAUCUCAUCAAUGAUUACCAAUGUAACUGUGCUGCAGGAUUCAAUGACACUAAUUGUACAAACAAUAUAGAUGAAUGUGCAGAAAAUCCUUGUCAAAACAAUGCAACCUGUGAGGACCUCAUCAAUGAUUACAACUGCACUUGUGAGGCAGGAUUUAAUGGAACAAACUGUGAGGAAGAUAUUAAUGAAUGUGCCGAUAAUCCUUGUCAGAACAAUGGAACAUGUGCGGACCUCAUCAAUGCUUAUGAGUGUAGCUGUGCUCCUGGAUUUAAUGGAACCAAUUGCGAGGAAGAUAAUGAUGAAUGUGCUGAAAAUCCAUGUCAGAACAAUGGGACAUGCGUUGAUCUCAUCAAUGAUUACCAAUGUAACUGUGCUGGAGGAUUCAAUGACACUAAUUGUACAAACAAUAUAGAUGAAUGUGCAGAAAAUCCUUGUCAAAACAAUGCAACAUGUGAGGACCUCAUCAAUGAUUACAACUGCAGUUGUGAGGCAGGAUUUAAGGAUAUUCUGAUACGUCAAUGCUUAAGAACAUUGGCUAUCCUUUGUAUAAGUGAAUGUUGGGAUUACAUGAAAGACGUUUUUACAGAUAUUGAUGAAUGUGCCAAUAGCCCUUGUCAGAACAAUGGAACAUGUGCGGACCUCAUCAAUGGUUAUGAGUGUAGCUGUGCUCCUGGAUUUAAUGGAACCAAUUGCGAGGAAGAUAUUGAUGAAUGUGCUGAAAAUCCAUGUCAGAACAAUGGAACAUGCCUUGAUGUCAUCAAUGAUUACCAAUGUAACUGUGCUGCAGGAUUCAAUGACACUAAUUGUACAAACAAUAUAGAUGAAUGUGCAGAAAAUCCUUGUCAAAACAAUGCAACAUGUGAGGACCUCAUCAAUGAUUACAACUGCAGUUGUGAGGCAGGAUUUAAUGGUACAAACUGUGAGGAGAAUAUUGAUGAAUGUGCCGAUAACCCUUGUCAGAACAAUGGAACAUGUGCGGACCUCAUCAAUGCUUAUGAGUGUAGCUGUGCUCCUGGAUUUAAUGGAACCAAUUGCGAGGAAGAUAUUGAUGAAUGUGCUGAAAAUCCAUGUCAGAACAAUGGGACAUGCCUUGAUCUCAUCAAUGAUUACCAGUGUAACUGUGCUGCAGGAUUCAAUGACACUAAUUGUACAAACAAUAUAGAUGAAUGUGCAGAAAAUCCUUGUCAAAACAAUGCAACAUGUGAGGACCUCAUCAAUGAUUACAACUGCAGUUGUGAGGCAGGAUUUAAUGGUACAAACUGUGAGGAGAAUAUUGAUGAAUGUGCCAAUAGCCCUUGUCAGAACAAUGGAACAUGUGCGGACCUCAUCAAUGGUUAUGAGUGUAGCUGUGCUCCUGGAUUUAAUGGAACCAAUUGCGAGGAAGAUAUUGAUGAAUGUGCUGAAAAUCCAUGUCAGAACAAUGGAACAUGCCUUGAUCUCAUCAAUGAUUACCAAUGUAACUGUGCUGCAGGAUUCAAUGACACUAAUUGUACAAACAAUAUAGAUGAAUGUGCAGAAAAUCCUUGUCAAAACAAUGCAACAUGUGAGGACCUCAUCAAUGAUUACAACUGCAGUUGUGAGGCAGGAUUUAAUGGUACAAACUGUGAGGAGAAUAUUGAUGAAUGUGCCGAUAACCCUUGUCAGAACAAUGGAACAUGUGCGGACCUCAUCAAUGCUUAUGAGUGUAGCUGUGCUCCUGGAUUUAAUGGAACCAAUUGCGAGGAAGAUAUUGAUGAAUGUGCUGAAAAUCCAUGUCAGAACAAUGGGACAUGCCUUGAUCUCAUCAAUGAUUACCAGUGUAACUGUGCUGCAGGAUUCAAUGACACUAAUUGUACAAACAAUAUAGAUGAAUGUGCAGAAAAUCCUUGUCAAAACAAUGCAACAUGUGAGGACCUCAUCAAUGAUUACAACUGCAGUUGUGAGGCAGGAUUUAAUGGUACAAACUGUGAGGAGAAUAUUGAUGAAUGUGCCAAUAGCCCUUGUCAGAACAAUGGAACAUGUGCGGACCUCAUCAAUGGUUAUGAGUGUAGCUGUGCUCCUGGAUUUAAUGGAACCAAUUGCGAGGAAGAUAUUGAUGAAUGUGCUGAAAAUCCAUGUCAGAACAAUGGAACAUGCCUUGAUCUCAUCAAUGAUUACCAUUGUAACUGUGCUGCAGGAUUCAAUGACACUAAUUGUACAAACAAUAUAGAUGAAUGUGCAGAAAAUCCUUGUCAAAACAAUGCAACAUGUGAGGACCUCAUCAAUGAUUACAACUGCAGUUGUGAGGCAGGAUUUAAUGGUACAAACUGUGAGGAGAAUGUUGAUGAAUGUUCUGAUGGUCCUUGUCAGAACAAUGGAACGUGUGUGGACCUCAUCAAUGGUUAUGAAUGUUUCUGUGUUCCCGGAUUUAAUGAUACAAACUGCGCAAGCGAUGUGGAUGAGUGCGCUUCAUUGCCUUGUCAGAACAAUGGAACCUGUGUUGAUUUGGUCAAUGAGUAUGAAUGUCAGUGUGAUGUUGAAUUUAACGGUACAGAUUGCUCAACAAAAUCAAAUUUGAUGAAAUAUAAGCUUGUCUUGAAUCUCGACGUUACAACAACAGAAAAUCUGAGCAUAGAGAAAGAAUAUAUCAAAGUAAAGAAUAAAGUUCAAGAAGCGUUAACUGAUGUUUACAGUAAAAGAAUUGUUGGAUCAAAAGUCAUAAUAAAAAGCUUAAGGAUGGGAAGCUUGAUUGUUGACUUUGACCUCGUCAUACCAGACAGUCCAAUAUCAAAAGUACUCGUCGUUGACACCGUGUACAAGCUUGUGAAUGGUCUGGUAUUUGUCAACUUCUCGGGAGAAAUAGUCAACGUUACCACUGCUUCAAUACAACAUUCAACAUACGGCGAGGUUAUAAUAACCAACUCAUCUGAUGGAUGCGCUGUUGUGAACUCACAAGGAGCAUGUGAUGCGGGAUAUAGAUGCCAAGAAUUCAUAAAUCAGACAGUGACUUGCAUCCCUUUUAUAAGUAAGUAUAAAUCUUUUUCUUGCUUUCUUCAUGCAAUAUAAAGAAUGCUGUCAUAAAUACAAUUAUUAUACUUUAUCUUCAAUAUUUUAUGAUAGGAAAAUAAAACUAUUUAAAGAAUUAUAUAAUCAU